GCAACUUGCGUGCAAAACCACAUGCUUCUUCCCGCUCACCACCGUCAACACGUGAAUAACCCGAACCGUCAUCGCCGCCACCUCGACCCCGGCCGGCGAGAUCGAUGAUGACUCCGACUCCGAGCAGCGUCAUCCAGGCCAAGCUGGUGGGUGCUGCUGGGGGACCUGGGCGCCGGGAAGACGAGCAUCGUCGUCCGGUUCGCCAAGGGGCUCUACUACGAGUGCCAGGAGUCCACCAUCGGCGCGGCCUUCUUCUCGCAGGCGCUGCCCGUCAGCGGCGGCGGCGAGGACGCCACCGUCAGGUUCGACAUCUGGGACACCGCCGGCCAGGAGCGCUACCACAGCCUCGCCCCCAUGUACUACCGCGGGGCCGCCGCCGCCGUCGUCGUCUACGACAUCACCAGCAUGAAUGUUCGAUUUUUUCGCUGCGUGGGUGUCAGGAUUCGUACAUCCGGGCAAAGAGGUGGGUGGACGAGCUUCAGAGACAAGGGAACCCACAUCUGGUGAUGGCGUUAGUGGGCAACAAGGUCGAUCUGGAAAAAAAGAGGAAGGUUGGCACACAGGAGGCGCUGGAGUACGCGGAGCGGAACGGCCUCUUCUUCCUGGAGACGUCGGCCAAGACGGCGCAGAACGUCGGCGAGCUCUUCUACGAGCUAGCCGAGAGACUGGUGAAGGUGCGGCCGAACCAUCCGGCCGGGAUGGUCCUGCACGACGGCCAGCGCGGCGUCGGGGGGCGGUGGUUCUGCUGCUCCGGGUGAUCGACGAUGCCGCUGCGUGUCGCGCGCCGGCGGCGGUAGGGGAAGGUGUGGUGUGAGUAGGAUUCUGCAUCGUGCAUAUGCCGCUCUCUCUGUACGUAUAAGGACUCGACUGUACUUGUUGGGCGUGUGUUGUGAACUGGUAAUGGUAUGACAUCUGGUUUAAGGUGGUGCACGUUUUGGUGGUCCUGGCAGGGGCUAAACUGCACCUUUUUGUGCACAAUGCUUUCUCUAUUUCAAAUGAGACUGGCUAGGGAUAAGGCGAGUGAAAAUUCAGUAUGGGCCAGUCGAUUCGUUUAAGCCGUCGGCCGUGGUGAUGGCUAGCGGUUCGGCAGAUGUAUGUGGGGCGGUUGAAGAAGAAAACGAAUGUGGG